GGGCAGUGAUGUCUUUAUAACUUUGGUUGAUGCAUCUGCCUUUACCAUAUUUUGCACCUAAAAACGAAAAUUGUAGUAAUUCGGAAGGCAUUUUCUCUCUCUACCUGAAUCUGAUCUCCCUGCAAAACAACUCUGUAAAUCGUGUUAUACAUAUGCACCGCAAAGUUGAUUGAAUUUUGUGAACUCGCGAUCCAGGUUAAAGGUGAAGACAAUAGGAAAUGGAGGGCGGAUUUACGGCGGAGGACUUGUCGACGAUCGGCGGCAUAGCCACCGUCUCGCUGCUGCACUCCUUCAUCCCGACUCACUGGCUGCCGUUUUCCAUUGUCGGCCGCGCUCAGAAAUGGACGCUUUCUCGCACUCUUCUCGUUACUGCAUUUGGAGCAGUAUUGCAUGUCCUGUCCACUUCGCUACUCGGCAUAACAGCAGUCACCAUAACAAACACUAUAGCAGGAGAGGAAACUGUACAUAAACUUGCAUCUUUGUUGCUCGUUUUUCUUGGUGGUGGUUACAUCGUGUUGUUCCUGGCUGGAAAGGGUGGUCAUAGCCAUUCUCACAAUCAACCUAUGGAAAAAAUGGCUGUUGCUGGUCUUGUUCUCGUCCCUGCAUUGUCUCCUUGUGCAACCACUCUUCCAGUAUUUCUUGCUGUUGGAAACUCAUCCUCGAUGAUGGUGCUUGCUAUCAUAGUCCUGUUAUUCAGCACGAUAACUGUAAUGACAUCACUAGUGGCCCUCUCAUUCUACGGUGCGAGUCAGCUCAAGUUCCACUGGGUGGAACGCUAUGACAAGCUUCUUGUGGGAUCAGUUCUAUGUUUAGUCGGAGUUCUGACCCUCAUUUUCCAUGAUCACGAUGGAGAAGCCGGUUCAACCGGAGAGCAUUUGCAUCGGAAAAUAAUCUCUUUGUAAGGAUAGAAGGGAUGCUUUCCGUGUGUCUAAGUUUUGAGGUAUGAAGACUGCAACUGAUGAUGCAAAAUAGUAAGAACUGUAAAACUUCUUUGUCUUGUUCAAUCGGAAACCCCUGUGAUCCACGAGCUAAUAUUGGAAGUUCUUGCUUUCUUGAUCUUGAUCUCGAUCUUCGGCCUCGAAACUGCUGCAUUCCACCCUUGCAUUGUGUUGUGAUGUAUAGUGAUGGUCAAUCUUUUGAGCUGUGGCUUACUUCUUGUAACCUUCUUCUUCUUCUUCUUCUUCGAUUUUAUUUUAAGAAAACCUGUAACCUUAGAUAUGAUGCAAAUCGAUCUUGUUCUAUAUAUCUUUGAUAAAAGAUUUCUCAGUGAUAUGAGUGAUUACACUUUUCUUU